UAGUGUCGUUGAAGUUAUUUUGAGAGAGUGUUAAACCUACUUGAGAACGAUAGUGGAUGUCGUUGUGUAUAUAAUCGAUUUUUCUUACCUACGGAAAAUCAAACAGAAAUCGUAGUUCCACCUACUAGGGUAGUUGCCUUUCGUGAUUAAUAUAAGCAUAAUGUUAAAAACGGGUGUUGUUAUUGCGUCCAUUCUACUAGUGGUUGGUGCAGCUAAUGUGCCACGCUUAGUACUUGACGAUUCGUACGUCAACCGUGUAGUCGGUGGUGAAGAAGCGAAGAAUGGAUCUGCACCAUAUCAGGUGUCGCUGCAAGUGUCUGGCUGGGGUCACAACUGUGGUGGAUCACUACUGAACGAUCGAUGGGUUCUAACCGCAGCUCACUGUCUUGUCGGUUACGAUCCAACCAACCUGGAAGUCCUUGCCGGCACAAACAGUCUCAAGGAAGGUGGAAAGCUUCUUAAGGCAAACAAGUUUUUUCUUCAUAACUACGCCAGCCCUGAAUUCAUCAAUGAUAUAGCACUGAUACGCUUGGAGGAACCGGUACAAUUUACGGAACUUAUACAAAGCAUCGAAUACUCGGAAAAGGCACUUCCCGCCAACGUUACGGUGCUAUUGACGGGAUGGGGUCACACGGCCGUGAAUGGACCAGUGCCCACGAUGCUGCAAAGUCUCAACGUAGUCACAUUGUCGAAUGAGGACUGUAAGGCGAAGAGCCUUUUCCCAGAGCAUCUCGAUAUUGGACAUGUCUGUACCUUGACCAAAGCUGGCGAAGGAGCAUGCAAUGGUGACUCCGGAGGUCCUCUGGUUUAUGAGGGAAGCCUGGUGGGAGUUGUAAACUUUGGCGUCCCUUGUGGACUCGGAUAUCCGGAUGGAUUCGCACGGGUAUCGUACUAUCAUGACUGGAUUCGCACAACUAUGGCCAAUAAUUCCUAAUUGAAAGUUUCCAACUGAAGGUUGGUUGAACUUAGGGAAAAUAAGUUUUAUUUACUGUACCUUCAUGUCAGAGGAUAAAAACG